GGGCUUGGAUCAGGCAAUUUAUCGAGGGGACCCACAUCGACGAGCGGCUAUGAUUUAGAGCUAUCUAGCGCUUAGGCGGUGCAGUAAGGGGCGGUUGGAGAAAAUCCAGACGGCUGACGGAGCCCGCCCCUUGUCGCAAUCACGGGUCGGACACCCGCCACACCCGGUUCUCUCGCCACGUGCCCCUUUGUACCAGACCUCGGUGUUCUCAGCGAUGUCGCUUCCUCGCUUCGCUACGCCGCCAUCUUUCCUCUGCUGGUGAACUUAGGAGGAGGAGGAAGAAGAGAGGUAGAGAGGUAGGUCGAGAUGGAUGUGACAGGGGCGGUGAGGAAGUCGGCGGCGGCGGAGGUGGGGAUACAAAUGCCGGAGGCGGCGAAGGAUUCGGCAAUGGCCGCCGACUCCGGGACAAUGAGCGGGCCCCUGGUGCCUGUGACAGGGGGAAAAGACCACCGGGCGGCCGCCGCGAUGGGGUGGGACACGGUGGCGGUGGGCGUACGGCUGGCCACGGUCUUGUCGUCGCUGCUGUCACUUAGCAUAAUGGUGACGGCGGAGCAGCGCGGGAGCCUCUCGGUCUUCGGCAUCCAAAUCCCGCUCUACUCCAAGUGGUCCUUCUCCGACUCUUUCGAGUAUUUGGUGGGGAUCUUGGCGGCGGUGGCGGCGCAUUCGCUGCUGCAGCUUCUGUUGAGCUUGAGGAAGCUGGCGCAGGGGUUGCCUGUGAUCCCCUCCCACAGCCAUGCGUGGAUCAUUUUCGCAGGUGAUCAGGUGUUUGCAUAUGCGAUGAUGAGUGCGGGUUCUGCUGCCGCUGGAGUGACCAAUCUGAACCGCACAGGGAUCCGGCAUGCACUGAUUCCUGACUUCUGUAAGCCCUUGCAUAGCUUCUGCAACCACAUGGCCAUCUCCAUAAGCUUAGCUUUCCUCAGCUGCCUCUUUCUAGCUAUCUCUGCUGUAUUAGAUGUACUGUGGUUGUCCAAGUAUUGAUGUUAUAAGAACCAACAACAUCUUUCUUCUACUUGUGCACUUGUUUCAGAAUGAAUAAAACUACAUGUGUGAAAUGCUCAUGGAUUUAUUGUACGACGUAUAAUGUUCUGUACAGAAACUACGUCCGGUGAGCGAAUAAGUGAAGAGAUAUUAGGAAAACUCUUAAGUGGUUGCGAAGAGUAAUGGCAGAAUUGCUCGUCACCGUCCAAUCAAGGUUUGGACGGGCGGGAUUAGAUAUCCGACUCAGAUGAAGGGUUAAGAUGAAGGAGAAGACGUAUAUAAUAACGGAAAUGGUUGCAUCCUAACAACUUGCGCUUGUGUUGGUCUCCGUCUUCCUCCCUUCUACCUCGCCGUUCCCCUUUCGAGUUUUGCAGCUCUGCGCUCAUCGGCUAUCCACCGCAUCAAUUCGUCCUCUCUUCUUCCUAUUCGUCGGUUCUGCCAUCGGUAGCCGACCCCCCGUCUCCUCAACUGCAUCCUACUUGCCAAACGGCCCGAUCGAUCGAUGAGCUUGGAGGGCUGUGAUGGGUUUCGGAUGAGGCGACGGCGAGCGAAGGAGGUGGGGAUUUUAGGUAUUGACUGGCCUCUUCAGGCAUCCGAGGAGAUGGAAGAAACGGUGAUCUGACCAGAUGGUGGAGGCGUUUUCAGAGAGGAAACUCAUUGUUUAGUUGUCAUUCAAUAUCUGCUAUGUGACGAGCUGAAACUAUCAGUAAAUAAUUCUAGUAUGUGGCACCGUGCAGUACUUGCAGAAUUGGCUUUCGCUGGACAAAUAUCAAAGUAUGGUGCAACAGAAACCACCAAUACACAGCAACUUCCCCUACUCAAAACUGUAGGGCCUCAAGUUCUCUAGCUUUUGUCACAACAUCAUGGAGGGAAAAAAAAAAAUAGUUUAGUGAAGUUACCCUAAGAGACUGCCAGUGAACUGAAGAAGAAUGCUUCUAAACGGUGGGUUAACCACUUCAACCUCUAGAUACCUGUUUAUAUCCAGAAGAAUGAUGAAGACAAGAUGCUCACCACCUUUUCUCUUGGCUCAUCGAAACAAAUAUCAAGACUGUUGAUCAUACAACCCCUUCUAAUGUCCCAAACUCCAUUGAACAGCAUUAGACCAAUUCCUUAUCUCACAUCUUUCACAGUUCAACUCCACCAGACAGCUUGAGAAACAGUUUUAUAUUUCAAAAGGCAGGACCUGGAAUAUUUGCAUAAUCAAGGCUGGAAAUAUAGACAUUAAGUGCUCCUCGCGGAAUCAAUUGUGCACUGAUUUUCCCACAGUGGGCCAACAAGCUACAGCUUUUUGGGCAAGUUGUAAGUUUUCUUUAGGAAUUUUGUUGCUGCAUCAUCAUUCCUAUGGCAUAAAACAUGUAGAACUGUGUUGGGCUCGGUCGGGCUCCAGUGCCCUGGAUUUGGAGGUAAUGGAUAUUUGGAUUUGGCUGCAGUA